AUGGCUACGUCAACCGGAACCGGAUGGGCCCAGCUUCGGCAGCAGGCCCGUUCGUUGGAAACGCAGACGGAAGGACUCUUCCACACCUACGCACAGUAUGCCUCGAUGACCAAACUGCCGCCGCAGCCUUCGGAAGAAGAGCAACGGAUCGAAGGCCAGUUACGGGAUCUCCUUGAGAAGCGCGAAAACCUCAUUUCCCAACUAUCUCGGCUCCUCGAUUCUGAAGCCAGCCUCACCUCCUCUGCCCUCAAACAGAACAACCUCUCCCGUCAUCGAGAGGUCCUCCACGACCAUCGACGUGAGCUGCAGCGCCUGAAGGCAAGCAUAUCCGAAUCCAGAGACCGAGCGAACCUCCUCUCCAACGUUCGUUCCGAUAUCGAUGCGUACAGAUCCAACAACCCCGAAGCGGAAGCCGAAUACAUGCUCCAGGAGAGGGGGCAUCUUGACAGCAGUCAUAAUGUAAUGGAUGGCGUGCUGAGCCAGGCAUAUGCCAUCAACGAGAAUUUUGCUUUCCAGCGAGAGACGCUGGCUAGUAUCAACCGACGAAUUGUCGGGGCUGCUAGCUCGAUUCCCGGUGUGAACUCGUUGAUUGGGAAGAUCGGCGCAAAGAGACGACGGGAUGGCAUUAUUCUGGGUGCUUUUAUUGGCUUUUGUUUCCUAAUGCUGCUCUUUUUCCGAUGA